UACUCAGCAAGAGACAGCGGGCAGACCCAACCUCCCUCUUCCGCGCUCAACCACUCACUCGUCGCUUUCCUCCCUCUCUCGCAAUCUCCCACGUCUCACUCUGGUGUCGGAGAGGCAGCAUAAGCACUCACACGCAGUAAGUCUGUCUCUCUGUCCUGCUGUCAUACUCAGCGUUUCAGGAACAGAAGUUGACUAUUCUGCACUGAUCUCUGCAUGACUGUCACAAAGAUGUCAUGGCGGCCGACUUACCGAAGCUCCAAGUUUCGAAACGUCUACGGCAAAGUGGCCAACCGGGAGCACUGUUUCGAAGGCAUCCCGAUCACAAAAAACGUCCAUGACAACCACUUCUGCGCGGUCAACGCCAAGUUCCUCGCUAUAGUAACGGAGAGCUCCGGUGGAGGAUCAUUCGUUGUCAUCCCUGUCACUCAGUUUGGCCGUGUGGAUGCUCACUAUCCAAAGGUCUGCGGUCACCAAGGAAACGUGCUGGACAUCAAAUGGAAUCCUUUCCAUGACAACAUAAUCGCAUCUUGUUCAGAAGACUCCUCUGUGAGAAUAUGGGAGAUUCCUGAUGGCGGACUGAGAAGGAAUUUGACAGAGUCUGUAUUAGAACUGUAUGGCCACAGCAGGCGUGUGGGCCUCAUAGAGUGGCACCCAACCACCAGUGGGAUUCUCUUCAGUGCUGGCUAUGACUAUAAGAUCCUGAUCUGGAAUCUUGAGAUCGGGGAACCGGUGAAAAUGAUUGACUGCCACACAGACGUGAUCCUCUGCAUGACAUUUAACACUGAUGGCAGCUUGCUGGCCACCAGCUGCAAGGACAAGAAACUACGUGUCAUUGAACCUCGCUCUGGCAAAGUACUGCAGCAGGAGGCGAAUUUUAAGAAUCACAAAGUGAACCGUGUUGUGUUCCUAGGCAACAUGAAGCGACUCCUAACGACAGGUGUGUCUCGCUGGAACACACGCCAGAUUGCUCUCUGGGAUCAGGAGGAUCUGUCCAUGCCGAUUAUUGAGGAGGAGAUUGAUGGACUUUCAGGACUGCUUUUCCCCUUCUAUGAUGCAGACACACAUAUGCUCUACUUAGCAGGCAAGGGUGAUGGAAACAUCCGAUAUUAUGAGAUCACCCAGGAGAAACCCUACCUGCAGUAUCUGAUGGAGUUUCGGUCCCCUGCACCUCAGAAAGGGCUUGGAGUGAUGCCAAAACAUGGGCUGGAUGUAGGAGCGUGUGAAGUCUUCCGAUUUUAUAAGUUGGUGACUCUGAAGGGCCUCGUUGAGCCAAUCUCGAUGAUCGUGCCCAGAAGGUCAGAGACAUAUCAGGAAGACAUAUACCCCAUGACCGCUGGGACAGAACCUGCUCUCUCGGCUGAUGAGUGGCUCAGUGGAGUCAACCGAGGUCCUGUGCUAAUGUCCUUGAAAGAGGGGUACAGCCGACCCAACAAGCUGGUGUUCAAGGCCCCAGUGAAGGAGAAAAAGGCGAUGGUGGUCAAUGGAAUAGACCUGCUGGAAAACGUGCCUCCUCGUACCGAAAAUGAUCUCCUGCGAAUGUUCUUCAGGCAACAGGAAGAGUUACGGCGACUAAAGGACGAGCUCACUCAGAAAGACGUUAAGAUCCGACAGCUUGAGCUGGAGCUCAAUAACAUAAGAAACAGCCCAAACAUCAACAACAAUAAUGACAGCAAUGGUAGCAGCAUUUGACAUGGGAUCUCUACUGUUACUGUUGAUCUCCUCUCCUACAGUAACUGCAGGUCCCCAGCACUGCUGAAACCCCAUGUGUGCCUCCUUUACCCACAAUAUCCCACCUUCCAGAUCUCAGAAGACCGAGCACUUUGUUUAGCAGUGUUUCGAUCUAACCCUCAGUGUUCACCUCACAGCUAGUGUGCUAAAUGGAUUUUAAAGGCGCGAUGUGAAAACUCUCCCAUCAGAUGACCUUCAUUCACGCUGCCGAUGUACCUGCGGUGGACUGAUUCUUCAUAUAUUAAAGUGAAGAGUUUGAAGUGAAGACACAAAACUUUCACGGAUGUACAAGGGAGAUGUGGUUAAAAAGGUAGUGCAGAGGGUUAUGAACAGAAAGGGCUUAUUUGUUUUUUAUAUUUUUUUAACCUUUCUCUUUCCAUCUUUUCACACAUUUGAAUGUUUACCGCAAGAGUUAUAGUCUUGCAUGGGAUUGGUUGUAAAAUAACUUGGUACAAGCUUUUAUUUGCAUUAUCAUCUCAUAACUGUAGACUUUUUAGAAGCUGUAGAAUUAUUUAUUUAAUUAUUUUUAAUUAGCCAUUAUUAUAGCUUUAUAAACUCAGUUUAUAGCCAUCAUGUCAUGAAAAGUAAUGUCAUACAAGCUUUAGUCCAGGUGUUAACAGUAAAACUAUUGAUUAGGUUUGUUAAGCUCGUACCCACAGCGAUCAUUCAAUGUAGAAUGCUCAAAACUCACAGAGCGGUAAUAAUACACAAUAGGUGAUAGUGACAUACUUUAAAAAUUAACCUUUUACUAACGUGAGCUGGAGACUCUUGAGUUGCUCUGUGUAAUGUGCUUGUAUGUCCUCUUUACAUGCAAUACACAGUUAAGGAUGCUGAGCAGUCAAUAGAGGGUUUAUUAAGGGUCUACAAUUAGGUGAACUAAGUGAUAAACUUGAGGAUGAAUAAGCAAUGUCUAAAUAAGUUUUACAAAGGUCUCAGUCUCUGUACCCCGCAGAUAUCGUACAUGUAAAACAAUGAGAGGGGGUCGUUUUAAUUCAAUAGUGAGUUCAGCUGUAAGAUGAAUACAUUUGUGUUUGAAUGACUGACUGAUUGAUUUAUAAACCAUAAUGACAUAACAUUUCAUUUAAAUCACAUUUAUUUAUUUAUUCAAUUUUUAAAAUUGUUAAGUACCUCUUUUAGCCAUCUUAUAGUCUUUUUCCUGUCGAUCUACUGAGGUCAUUGUGAUCUUGGCUUAUAACCAUUCAUUAUCUUUACCAAAUGGCUGGACUAUUACACAGAUAGCUUCUAAUAUUCGAUUAUUGUACAUUGUAUUCAGCUUUAAAAUGUUUGAUGGUUAAGGACAAACGCCUCAUUGGGAAAUUUAUGUUACAAAUGCAGUCACCUCUUUUCUAAACUCUAUACAUAUACUUUGCCCUUACAAGAUCAAAUCAAGUUGAAAUCAAAUCAAGUUAACACAUGGAUCAGCUGUGAACAAUAGGUUUUCAAGUAUACAUUUUUUAAUUAUACCUAAUCUUUCCUAAAAUAUAAUGAUUGCUUAAUUUAAAAAUGAUCUAUUGAGGAUAAAUAAGGCCUCAGACCUGUCAACCAGUCCAGCAUGCAUAACACGCUGCUGUACUGAACAUUUAGCGAUACAUAUAGUAAUAUUUUGCUUUUACCAAAUGUGACCCUGCCUGUGGAAACCCAGCUUAAGUAUUUUUGUGAGACAUAAAAUCGUCCUGCAUAUGCAAAGAACUGUCUGUGAAAAUAUAACCUUCUUAAAUACUGACUAAAACCACGGUAAACAUUAUUGAAAUGAAAGUGUCUGAUGUUUCUCAUUUCAUAAUUACAUUAUAAGACUUUAAUCUGGAUUUCACAGACAGGGUCACAUUUAAUGAAAAUUAGGAGCCUCAAGCUUUGUACAUAUUUGCCUUACAAAACAAUAUAAGAAAGUGCAUUUCACCAUUUCAAACAGUAGGGGGCAGCAAUACCACAGUUUUGCACAGUCACUGCAUAGGCCCACACAUUGGCGUUCAGCUAAACAUUAUUAGGGAUUACAGACAUUACAACAGUGGCGUAGUGAGGAUCUGUCUUUCGUAGCCUAUGUGAGGUUAGUGUGUUGAGGACAAACAUUACCUGAAGGGGCCAAAUCAGAUUUUUUCAGGCAACACUGAUAUGCACAAAUACUCUCGUGUCUUAUAAUUCAAAGUUUAUAAUUUUGGGUGCAGAUGUAUGAGGGUUAUUAUUUUGGAUGUUCGCACGUGUGAAUUGCCUGAGUAUCUACCCAAUGUUCAGGCUCCAUAUUUUAGCAAGACACUCACUGUCUACACAAGCACAAUUAAUGCUGAAAUAUUUCAUGCUGGGAAUAAUUUCGUUCUAAAGAAUUAUGAGGCAAGGCAUUUGGCUAACCUUUGCCUUUGAAUAAAAUUACAUAUAUUAAAGGGUAUUCUUUAUUCUG